AUGGAGAAAGUAAACUGGAGUUUACUUGUGAUAUCACUUUGUGUUUUGCUGUGGGGUGUGGCCGGCCAGUAUGAAUGGCAAAUUCGUGAUGCUUUUGACGAAAUUAGAGGUAAAGUCGACAAGGUAUCAGCGGAUAAUUGCUUUAUCACUCAUCUAGAUGAUUUGUAUUUACCAGAAGAUUCAGUUUCCCACCAUCCUGAUGUGAAGGAGAUAAACAUAAACCCAGUGUUUCCGAAUCGUACAGCGAUGUUGCAUUUACACAACAUGGCUAUGAACCGAGCAUUUUUCUGGAGUUAUAUUCUUCAGUCCCGGUUUAUUAGGCCGGCUAUCAACGAUACUUACGACCCUGGAAUGAUGUAUUAUUUCUUGUCGUCGGUGGCCGACGUGUCUGCGAAUCCUUACAUUAACGCCAGUUCGAUAUACUUCUCUCCAAAUAUGUCGUAUACGUCUUCGUACAGAGGCUUCUUCAAUAAAACUAUGCCUAGAUUUGCGCCUAGAGCAUUUAGGGCGGAUGAUUUCAAUGACCCUGUACAUUUACAAAAGAUAUCUACGAUGAAUACAUUCCAUGUUGAGGAUCUUGGUGCAUUUGAUCCAGAGAGUUUGUCUAAGGAUUAUACUUCUGAGUUCUAUAGAAUUAAUGAAUGGUACAAGAAGUGGCUACCUGACAGAGUGGCGAAGCGCCAUGACACGAAGACUACAUACCAGGUGGAGAUCAGAUAUGCUAACAAUACAAAUGAGACAUUUACCUUCCAUGGACCACCAGGCAAUGAUGAGAACCCAGGCCCAGUAAACUGGACUCGUCCAUACUUUGACUGCGGUAGACUGAACAAAUGGCUAGUGGCAGCUGUUUCCCCUGUUGCUGACAUAUACCCACGCCAUACACAGUUCAGACAUAUUGAAUAUCCCACGUAUACAGCAGCUGUUGUGAUGGAAUUGGACUAUGACAGGAUAGACAUAAAUCAGUGUCCGCCGAGUUUGGGUAAUGAUAGACCAAAUAGAUUUGCUUCAACUGCAAGAUGCAAGGAAACUACUGAGUGUGAACCGCUACAUGGAUGGGGUUUCCGUCGCGGUGGGUAUCAGUGUCGUUGCGCGCCUGGGUACAGACUCCCAAGUCUAGUACGACGUCCUUACCUCGGAGAAAUCAUAGAGAGGGCGACCUCUGACCAGUACUAUAAUAACUUUGACUGCAAGAAGAUCGGAUGGAUCCAGCGUUUGCCAGUACAGUGGGAGCGCGCGCACCCGUUCCUGCGCGCGAUGUACAUGGACCGCCACUACGAGUACGUGAACGCGUCGUCCGGCCCGGCCGCGCUGCACACCGAGCGAGUCAACGUCUACGAAGUGCUUAACUUCAUCAGAGGAGUACAGCCCAACAAUUGUUCCAAAUACAAUCCAUCAGAUUUGUUCCUCAAUGGAGACAUUGCGUUUGGUCACGAAGAACAGUUCGAAAACCAGGCCAAAAUGGCUGUACGACUUGCCAAUUUCAUUAGUGCAUUCUUACAAGUGUCAGAUCCUCAAGAGGUAUUCAGUGGUAACCGCGUCGCUGAUAAGCCACUGACCGAAGAUCAGAUGACGGGAGAGACUCUCGCCAUUGUACUUGGAGAUUCCAAGAUUUGGUCAGCCGGUACUUACUGGGAUAGAAAUAAGUUCACCAACAGAACUUUCUUCGCACCUUUCGCCUACAAGACUGAGUUGAACACUAGGAAGUUCAAACUAGAAGAUCUAGCGCGAUUGAACAAAACUGAGGAAGCCUACACUAACAAACCAUGGUUCCAAUUCCUAAAGCAACGUUGGUCAACUAACUUCGACAGCCUUGAGCAGUUCUUCCUCAAAAUGAAGAUUAGGGAUGAUGAAUUAGGAAAGUACUUGAAGAAAUAUGAAAGAUUCCCUACUUACUACCGCGCAGCUAAUCUGAAACAUGGACAUUGGACAAGGCCGUACUAUGACUGCGACGGUCACGUGAAGCAAUGGGUUAUUACUUAUGCCGCACCAUUCUUCGGAUGGGACAGUGUCAAAGUCAAAUUGGAGUUUAAAGGUGUGGUAGCAGUAACAAUGGCGCUCAUGUCUUUAGAUAUCAACCAGUGUCCGGACAAGUACUAUGUGCCCAACGCUUUCAAAGGCACCGACAAAUGUGACAGAAGGUCCUCAUAUGCUGAGACACCUGUCGGGGUCCCUCCUGUGGCGCCUCCUGCACCCCAGCACAGCAAGGACCUCACAGGCAACAGUCAAACUGCACCUGGAACAACUGAGGACCUGACUAGGGACAUUAUGAUUGAGUUGAGGGCCCUUAGGGAUAGUGUUAAAUCGGUCAAUAAAGACAUGCGACUGAUUAGGGCUGAACUCGCGGAUAUCCGUUCGAGUAUGAGAAACUACCAGGAUAGAGUGAUAAGGUUAGAGGAACGGGUAGCCGUUCUUGAGGGGCGAGAUUAUCAAUAG